GAGGAGUCAAAGUUAGCCAAGCGAAUUUAGAAAAAAAUGCUAAUAGAGAAGUUGAUUAUUCCGUCACUACAUCCAUAAAUGGGACCACCAUCGCACCCAUAUUUUCUCUCUAAAAUCCUCGACCGCUACCAUCGCACCAACACCACUACACCAUCAUCAGUAUUGCCGCCUCCUCUUUUAUCCCCAGUGCCGCCUUCUUUUCUGGUUAAUAUCCCCUCGAUUAAUCUGAAUUCAAAACAAUUGAGCAUGCAUAUAAAAGUUUCGUUCUAUGGCCAAAACACAUUGUGAAAGCCGAUUAAAAGACCAUGAACUUCAAAACUCAAAGAGGUGGAAACCAACUUAUCUACCAUCUGAUACUCUUCCCAAGAAGACAAGGAGCAGUACCAUUAAGAUGAAUGCCUAGUUAUGUCUAGUUUUUGGUUUAUGAUGUUUUGCUUUAUUUACCAUAUUUUAAUACUUGCAAUUAGUACA